AUGCCACCUUCACGCGCCGCCUCAUGGCAGAGCUCAACCCCGGCGGCGUGGGACGCCACGUCCCUCGCCUCGGCCCUGAAGGCGGCGGCCGCCCGUCGCUCCGCGGCCCACGUCGGGCCACUCCACGCCGUGCUCCUCAAGCUCGGCCUCACCGCCUCCGCUAUCCACGCCACCUCCCUGGCGCACCUGGCGCUGCGGAGCGGGCUUCCGCGGUACGCGCGGGAGCUGUUCGACGAGAUGCCCCGCCGGGACGUGGUCUCCUGGACGUCCCUCGUCACCGGCCACGCGCACCAGGGGCUACACCGCGACUCCCUCGCGCUGCUCCGGCGCAUGGUGGCGUCUGGUGUCCAGCCCAACGGCUACUCCCUGUCCGGUGGACUGCUGGCCUGUGCGGGUGUCGGCCGGAGCGCGCUUGCUCACGGGAAGGAGAUCCAUGCCAAUGUGGUCAAGAUGAGCUCGCGUGGAUCGGUCGACCCGGUUGUGGAGAAUGGGGUCCUUGAUAUGUACUCGAGGUGCGGAAGCAUAGAGUAUGCGUUGAGAGUGUUCAGGGUGAUGCGUGUCAGGAACACGGUUGCUUGGAACUCGAUGAUGGCGGCUCUUCUUGGGAGCGGGCAGGCCGAGGAUGCACUGAGGUUAUUUGUUUCCAUGGCUUCUUGUAGCGUUGGUGCAGACGGUUUCUCGUUCUCCAUAGUCGUGGAUGCAUGUGGGGAGCUGGCGCUAUUGAAGCAGGGGAUGCAGGCGCACACGCAGGUCAUUGGUGGUGGAUUCGAGGCAGAUGUCGUUGUCAGGAACUCCUUGGUGGAUAUGUAUGCAAAGUGUGGUUGUGUUGAUUCGGCCGAGCUUGUCUUUAAAGCAGUGUCAUCGAAUGAUGCUGUUCUUUGGACCACAAUGAUCUCAGCUUAUGGCAAGUUUGGUCGAGUACGGGAUGCGGUCAGCAUGUUUGACAGGAUGGCACACUUGGGAAUAAAACAAGAUGGCAUCGCGUAUCUUGCGGUUUUGUCAGCUUGUAGCCAUGGUGGACUUGUUAGAGAAGGUUGGUACUACUUCAGUUUGAUGUCUGAUGGUUCGAGCUCAGUUAAGAUGCAACCUGAGCACUACGGAUGCAUGGCGGAUCUCCUAUGCAGGAGAGGUUACCUAGAAGAAGCUCUUGAAUUCAUCGAGAAUAUGCCAUUUGACUCGAGCGUUGCUGCUUGGAGCGCGCUACUCAACUCAUCUCGAAUACAUGGGAAUGCCAAGUUAGGUCAGUUUGCGGCGUCCUGUUUGCUCAAGCUUGACCCUGAGAACCACAGCAACUGGGUUGCUCUAUCAAGUGUGCAUGCAUCAGGGAAUGAUUGGCAUGAGACCUGGACGAUUAGAGAGAGCAUGAGCAGAGAGUGUGUGAAGAAAGAGCCGGGGUGUAGCUGGGUUGAGUUGUGUGAUGGCGUCCAUGUUUUUAUAAUGGCCGACCAGUCUCAUCCUGAAUUAUUUCAAAUAUUGCAGAGUCUUGAUUCUUUGAAGGAUGAUAUAUUGGUGAUGCCUUGGCGAGUUACAUAG